GCGGCCGCCCCGGCCCCGCCCGCCUCACCUGGGGCAGGUGAGCGGCUCUGUGGGGCCGCCCUGGCAGCGGCGCUGAGGAGAGCGGCGGCGCUGAGGCUGAGGUGUCCUGGGCGGGCAGGAUGAAUAAUCCUAUACCUUCCAACUUGAAGUCAGAAGCUAAAAAAGCAGCUAAAAUAUUGCGAGAAUUUACAGAAAUAACUUCCAGAAAUGGACCUGAUAAAAUCAUACCUCCCCAUGUAAUAGCUAAAGCCAAAGGCCUUGCAGUUUUGUCUGUUAUCAAAGCUGGAUUUUUGGUUACUGCUCGAGGUGGAAGUGGAAUUGUAUUAGCUCGUCUUCCUAAUGGCUCCUGGUCUGCUCCUUCUGCAAUAGGAAUUGCUGGCCUUGGUGGUGGAUUUGAAAUUGGAAUUGAGGUUUCAGAUUUAGUAAUAAUAUUGAAUCAUGAGAGAGCAGUAGAAGCUUUUGCCAAGGGAGGGAACCUUACACUUGGAGGAAAUCUUACUGUGGCAAUUGGACCUCUAGGGAGAAACUUAGAAGGGGAUGUUGCACUGAGAAGCUCUGCUGCUGUCUAUACAUACUGCAAAUCUCGAGGACUAUUUGCAGGUGUAUCUCUGGAAGGAACCUGUUUAAUUGAAAGGAAAGAAACCAAUCGCAAGUUUUAUGGGCAGGAUAUACGUGCUAGUGCUAUCCUGUUGGGUGAUGUUCCUUCUCCUGCUCAAGCAGAAGAUCUUUAUGAGAUUCUAGCAUCCUUCACUGAAGAGUAUGAGAAUGAAGAGCAAAAAAAUAAUCCAGGAAAAACUGUAACGGUAAAUGACCCACCUGCUAGACCAACAUCAAGACCAGAACCACAUAAACCUGCUGUUGGGCCAACACCACCAGCUGAAAAGAGUUCAAACAGGCUUUAUCCUGAACUUCCAACUAAUUAUGCCUCUGCGGGUAGCUCUUCGAGCAAUUCCGUAGAAGUGACAGCACUUUAUUCAUUUGAAGGACAACAGCCAGGUGACCUGACUUUCAAAGCUGGAGAGAAAAUCAAGGUCACAACCAAAACAAGUUCACAGUUUGAUUGGUGGGAAGGAAGAGCAGGAGAAAAAACUGGCAUCUUUCCAGCCAAUUAUGUUGCCAUGAGUAAUGACUAAACUUGUAUAGAAGAAAAUGUUGAAGCUAAAUAUAUUUAGACUAAAAAAUAUAUUUUAACUUCUCAGAAUUUAUCAAAAGGCGAUUCUUAGUCAAGACUAAUUCAACACAAAAUUCAAAUGCAUUUAAUGGCCUUAGCUUUCCCUUAAACUUAUUUCUUAAAUAAACAUUAGGUGAUGGUCAAUUUAUGAUUAAAUUUUACUUUUGGGUCAAGUUGCUGUAUGGAAAGUACUCCAUUUUGCAUCUAGUUUCAAUUCUGUCAUGCUAUAUACAUUUAUUUUUUAAAUGAGGGAAAACUUAGAAAUAAUUUAAAACUAGACAUGCUGAAAAAUGCUAGCUUCUUUUAAAUUAUGAUUUAUGGUCUCUUAAUAAAAAUACUGUCAAAUUUGCAUC